AUGGCGGCGGAGGCGGCGGCAGGAGCUUCCACCCACCACGGCGGCGCCGAGAGAAGGCGCCAUCAGUGUGGCGGUAGCGGGGACGCGUAUCGAGAGCGGCUGGACGAUGACGGAGUUCGGACCCUCACUUCGGCGGAGCAGACAAAAGUGGAGGAUAUUGUUCAAGAGGUUUUUGAUGUUUACAAGAGAAAUCAUCAUGACACCCAGUAUGUUUUGCAACAAGAAAAACAUUUCCACUACUUGAAGAGAGGACUCAGGCAAUUGACAGAUGCCUAUGAGUGUCUGGAUGCCAGCCGCCCAUGGCUGUGCUAUUGGAUCCUGCACAGCCUGGAGCUCUUGGGGGAACCAAUCCCAGAUUCAGUAGCAUCAGAUGUGUGCCAAUUCCUGAGCCGCUGUCAGAGCCCAAACGGAGGCUUUGGAGGAGGACCAGGCCAACACCCACAUCUUGCUCCAACGUAUGCAGCUGUGAAUGCACUGUGUAUUAUUGGCACUGAAGAGGCAUACAAUGUUAUCAACAGAGAGAAACUUCUGGAAUACCUGCAUUCUCUGAAGCAGCCUGAUGGCUCCUUCAUCAUGCACCUAGGGGGAGAAGUUGAUGUCCGGAGUGCCUAUUGUGCUGCAUCCGUAGCUUCCCUUACCAACAUUAUUACACCGUCUCUCUUUGAAAAAACUGCAGAAUGGAUUGCAAGAUGUCAGAAUUGGGAGGGCGGGAUCGGUGGCAUCCCCGGGAUGGAAGCCCAUGGAGGAUAUACGUUUUGUGGACUGGCAGCCUUGGUCAUUCUCAAAAAUGAACAAGUCUUGAAUUUGAAAAGUUUAUUACACUGGGUUACAAGCCGUCAGAUGCGUUUUGAAGGAGGGUUUCAGGGUCGUUGUAAUAAGCUGGUGGAUGGCUGCUACUCAUUCUGGCAGGCCGGUUUACUGCCUCUCGUACAUCGAGCUUUGCAUGCCAAAGGUGAUCCUGCUCUCAGUAUGACACACUGGAUGUUUGACCAACAAGCCCUUCAAGAGUACAUCUUGUUGUGUUGCCAAUGUCCUGCAGGAGGUCUUUUAGACAAGCCAGGAAAGUCUCGAGAUUUUUACCAUACAUGCUACUGCCUGAGUGGGUUAUCGAUAGCACAGCAUUUUGGCAGUGGGGAUCUUUUACAUGAAGUUGUGCUAGGAGUGCCAGAGAACCGUCUGCAGCCAACGCAUCCUGUCUACAACAUCUCCCCUGGCAAAGUGAUGCAAGCUGUGAUGCACUUCCUGAAAAAGCCAAUUCCAAGUAGAGAAGAGACUUUUGCUAACUGAGCCUUUCCGCUGCCCUUAGAGAGACUCUGCAGUGUACUGUCCUGAUGUUCGGCGCAUAACGCUGCAUACCGUCUUAGCUGAUGUGGGACUGAGCCAUGAAGCUAACUUCCUUGGGCUCUACUGUGUGUGGGUGU